AACCAACCGAAGAAAUGAAAGAACCAACUGCUGGGGAAAAAGCCAAGGAAUCAGACGAGAAAAAAGAAACGUCUCCGUCUCCCGAAAAUCUUGGAGAGAUUUUAGAUUCAAAAGUAGAAACCUUGGCUGAGAUUGUUAAAAACAGAUUGCCCUCUUUUGAUGCUAAAUUUUAUCACAUUUACAAAGAGGAUAAAGAUAAAGUAAAAAAAGCGUUCGACAGUGAAAAAACUUUCCUUAUUGUGCUUAAUUCUAUAAUCAAAGAGGCCGACAGUUGGUCCGAUAAAGAGCUCGAAACUGCUGUGGGCAACCUUGAGCCUAUUGAGGAUGUAUAUGAUGAAGAAGAAAUGCUUAGAUCACUUGAAGGAUUACCAGAUAAAGAAACGCCACUAGAUAAUUUGGCAGACGACGAAUAA